UCUCCCACGUGUUCUCUCCCAUCCAGCGACUGCGGCGCCCUCCCUGACCCAGACCCUCCGCCCCUAGAAUCGACUGGCAGCGCAGCCCCCCAACCUCGCACUGGUGUCGGAUGCGAGAGUCUGUGCUCAAGUAAGAAAUCAGUCAUUGGAGACAUUCAAGCAAAGGUUGGACAACUAAUUUUCCGAACAAAAGGAAACUCAUGCAUCAGAAAAGGUGACUAAUAAACAUACCUUUAGAAUAUGGCUGCACAAAUACCAGAAUCUGAUCAGAUAAAACAGUUUAAGGAGUUUCUUGGAACCUACAAUAAACUUACAGAAACCUGCUUUUUGGAUUGUGUUAAAGACUUCACAACAAGAGAAGUGAAACCUGAAGAGACCACCUGUUCCGAACACUGCUUACAGAAAUAUUUAAAAAUGACACAGAGAAUAUCCAUGCGAUUUCAGGAGUAUCAUAUUCAGCAGAAUGAAGCCCUGGCAGCCAAGGCAGGACUUCUUGGCCAACCACGAUAGAGAAGUCCUGAUGGAUGGACUUUUGAUGAAAGAUUGGCAGCAGCGGUUGUGAUGGAAGAGAGGAUUCAUCUUGAUAGAAUCCCAGGAAAGCAGUAGCCACCCUAUUAAACUGUCAGUCAUGACUCUGGCAAACGGAAACAACUGGGGAAACAAAAUUGCUGUUUACCGAGAAUAAUCAAAAUAGAAGGUCUUAUUGUUCAAUGAAAAUAAUCAGAUGCAACAUUUGUUGAGGCCUUAAGAUUCAGCAGCUUGGUAAUUUCAUUAGAAAAAUAAACCAUUGUUUCUUCAAUUAUGACUAUUAAUUUUAAAGCAAAAGAUGUGUUCAAUCAUGUAUGAGAUAGAAACAAAUUUUUUAUUACUAAAAGUAAAAUAAAUGGAAAUAUCACUGAA